GGCGAACUUUAAAUUGCUGUUGCAUUGCAGUUUGAGUAGAUUUCAUUUCAACUUUUGUUGCCGAUGGCUCCUUCCAAAGCGCCAGAAAUCCCGCGGGUUCUUCCCAUCAUCCCGACACGCAAUAACCGGGUCCUCCUGCCCGGAAUCGUGCUUCGCCUGCAAAUUGGGAGGAGAGACACGACGCAUCUGAUGGACCAGCUAUGGCUCCAAUAUGCGAAAAACCAGAGCAUCAUUGUCGGCUGCGUUCCCAUCAAACCUAUUGCCAAGGAUGAUCAAUCAAGUAACGGUACAUCUACACCGACCUCUUCUGUAUCCCGCUUGGGAAAGCCACGUACCGUCGAGCAGGACGAUGGCCGGAAACCUAUAGACCAAAGCGAGCUCUUUUCAUGGGGUGUUGCUGCCCGCAUUGUGGCAUUUAAAAAGAAUAGUCCUAAUGAGGCUAGACUCUCUCGCGCUACAUAUGCUGUGACAUUGGAAGGGAUUGCGCGAUUCAAAAUUGAAAAGUUUGUAAAAACUGUUCCAUAUUUCGAAGCUGCUAUAAGCAUCCAUAUGGAGAUGGAGAUUGAUAAAGAGGACACAGAGCUGCAAGCAAUCAUUCUGAACCUGCGCACAAGUGGACAUGAACUAGCCAAUGUUCUUUCCCAACUACAGCUUCCACCAACAGUACUCAACCAACUCAGGCAAAUGCUCGACUCAACGCCACCAGGUCAGCUGGCUGACUUGUUCGCCAGUAUGAUCGAUGUGAGCAUGGAGGAAAAACUGCAAAUUUUGGAGACCAUUGAUGUGAAGACGCGGAUUACCCGUACCUUGGAGCUGCUCACGCGACAGAUACAAGUCCUAAAGAUAUCUCAAAAGCUACAAUCCACCGUGGAGAGUAAAUUAGGGAAAAAGCAACGGGAGUUUUACCUCCGUCAACAGCUUGAUGCGAUCAAAAAGGAAUUGGGAGAGUCAGAUGACCAGGAGGAGGACGACGUGGCAGACCUCACAAAACGGAUCUCCGAAGCAAAACUGCCAGAAGAAGCAACCAAAGCCGCUGAACGUGAACUUCGCCGUCUGAAGCGGAUGCAUCCGAGUAUGGCAGAGUAUCAGGUCGUUCGUACCUAUCUAGAAUGGCUGUCCGAACUCCCGUGGGAGAAGCAAACUGAGGACGUGAUGGACAUUGCGCGGGCCCGAAGUCAAUUGGAUGAAGAUCAUUUUGGGUUGGAGAAGGUCAAAACCCGUAUUCUCGAGUACCUUGCUGUCCGGAAACUUAAGCAAGAUCUCAAGGGACCAAUUUUGUGCUUCCUUGGGCCUCCAGGAGUUGGGAAAACGAGUCUGGGCAAAUCUUUGGCGAAUGCCUUGGGACGUAAAUUCCAUCGUAUUUCUCUGGGGGGCGUGAGGGAUGAAGCCGAGAUCCGUGGACAUAGGCGAACUUAUAUUGGUGCGCUUCCUGGGCGGAUCAUUCAGGGACUUCGAAGAUGUGGUGUGAAUAAUCCAGUAAUCCUACUCGACGAGAUAGAUAAGCUGGGCCAUGACGCCCGUGGGGACCCUUCCUCAGCAUUGCUCGAAGUUUUGGAUCCAGAGCAGAAUUCAACUUUCACCGAUCAUUACCUCAACGUUCCCUUUGAUCUUUCCAAUGUCCUUUUCAUUGCCACCGCAAACGAUGCAGAUACGAUUCCGGGUCCGCUGUUCGAUCGUAUGGAAGUGAUACGCAUUCCUGGAUACACAUUUGAUGAGAAACUUCACAUUGCAAAACGGCACCUUUUGCCAAAGCAAAUCAAAGCUCACGGAAUUGAACCUGACGAAAUUCGGAUUGAGGAGAAUGUCCUCAUGAAGAUUGCCACGGGGUACACCCGUGAAGCCGGUGUCCGUAACUUGGAGCGGGAAAUUGGAGCGGUUUGUCGAGCGAUGGCCGUGGAGUAUGCGGAUGCAAAGGAAAAGACUACCCCUGAUGCGUUCAAUGGGAACGUGACACCAGAAAAGCUGGAGAAGAUUCUUGGACCAGAGAGAUUUGAUGAUGAAGUUGCGGAACGGGCCUCGAUACCGGGUGUUGUGACUGGAUUGGCUUGGACAGCCAGUGGGUCCGGUGGAUUGUUAUUUAUUGAGGCGACGCAGAUGGCUGGGAAGGGGGUGCUUCAUCUAACCGGCAAACUGGGUGACGUGAUCAAGGAAUCCGCUCAAUUGGGUCUAACUUGGGUCCGCGCAAACGCCACCCGCCUAGGUCUCGCCAAAGUCUCAACCUCGAAUGUCCUUGAAGGUCUCGAUGUCCACAUCCAUCUCCCCGCCGGUGCGAUUCCCAAAGAUGGUCCUAGCGCCGGUGUCACUAUCGUCACUGCCCUCGUCUCCCUCUUUUCCCAAAAACCUGUUCGCGACCAUACUGCGAUGACAGGCGAAAUAACAUUGAGGGGCCAAGUACUCCCCGUCGGCGGUAUCAAGGAAAAAGUCCUUGCAGCUCAUCGUGGUGGCAUUCGACGGGUCAUCAUACCGUUUCGAAAUGCCAAUGAUUUGCGAGAGGUCCCCGCAAACGUGAGAAAGGAUAUUGAGUUUGUGUUUGCCAAAACGGUUGAUGAGGUACUUGCUGCUGCUUUUGAGGAUGGGUGGAAAGGUACGAACAAGAAUCUGGGUACCCCUGCGUCUGAGGAUGGGACGUUUGGGCAGCAGGUCUAUGUUAAGGCCAAAUUGUAGAGCAGAUGUAGAAUAGCUGGCGUAUAUUUUUUUAUGUUUGUGUGAACUUUUGCUUGUAUUUUCUUUCUCAUUUGUGUUCUAUGGUUCGAAAAUAGUCGUUAUUUUGAAAUACCCUUACCUUUCU